CAAAAUGGAAUACGGUAGCAGACGAAAUGCUUACCUUUUGGUGUACUUUGUCGGAUUUUUGGUAAAAAACACACUUGUUACUAACAAGUUAAAGCAAUAUUUAUACCUAGAGUGUAUUAAAUGACUUAAGUAGUAAAAUUGAAACCGAUUUCAGUUCUUUUGAUAUAAAAUAACUCAUAAUCAAUUCUCUGUCUGCAACAGGACCUACUGGGAGUUAGUAUGGUCAUUCCCCUAAUAGGGAAGUAUGCUAGAGAUUUAGGUGCAUCCCCAAGUGUUAUUGGUCUGUUAGGUAUGUUAUUUGAAUUUAAAGAAAAUCACUUAAAAUCUGUAAUUUGUUGUAAUUUUUUUUAUAGGAUCAAUUUAUGGAGGGAUACAACUGUUUUCAAGUCCGAUAGUAGUAUGUGUCAAUAAAUAUUAUACAACUUCCUGUUCAGAUUAUUUUUAUGAUACAUAGGGAAGAUGGAGUGACAUUUAUGGUCGAAAAAAUAUACUAAUAUUCUGCUUAUUAUUAACUGCCGUCUCCUAUUUUGGACUAGGCCUUGCUAAUACUGUAUUCAUCCUCUUCUUAGCCCGAAUUCCAACAGGCUUCAUGAAACACUCGCAAGCGAUUUUAAAGGCCCGUAUAGCCGAUGAUGAUGUUCACUUAGUCGGCUAUUUAGGUUCCCUUUCGAGUCUUGGCUUUUCUUUUGGACCCACAGUCGGAGGAAUAAUCUAUCAUUUGCACGGAUUCACGGCUGCAUCGUGGCUAGCCGCAUCGGUAUUUGUUAUCAACACUGCUUUGGUUUUCUUCUUGUUGCCAAAUGACUCCAAGAGAAGAACAGAAGAUUUAAAAUCUCGUCAGACAAUAUCAACUUUGGAGGCUAUAGGAAAAGUCGAUUGGAAUAGGAUGUGGGAUAUAUUUCUUGUUAAAUUUCUUAUGGGGUUAGGUGUUCUGGUAUUUCGAUCAAAUUUUGCCUUAUCUUUAGAUGAGAAAUUUGGAGCCACUCCCCAGCAGGUUGGGUAUACUAUGUCAUACUCUGGGGCAAUUGGAACUAUCGCUGGUUUAAGCGUUGGAUUUUUUACUAAUUUAUACAAAAAUGAUGAGAAACUUCUUAUGCAUAUCGGAUUUGUGCAAAUUGCAAAUUUUGUUGUUUUGACUUUUGCACCCAACAUAUACGUAUUUACCUUAUUGCUUACGCCAUUGGGUAUCGUAAAUCAAGUUGCUCGUGUUUGUAUGACGAGUAUUACGAUUGAGCGGAACAACAACCAAGAUGUAGGAAUACUAUUAGGAUUAUCAGCAAGCGUCAUGUCUUUCGGAAGGAUGUGUGCCCCUGCGGUGAAUGGAUUUUUACUCGAAAUUAGUAAUAAUGGACCAGGAAUUGUUGCUGCAAUUAGCGCCUUGAUGGCAACUAUUAUCAUGAUUUCUAAAAGAAAAAGUCAUAGACAGAAGGAAGAUUAG